GAGAUCACUACAAAAGCAAGCAUGAUCUGACAAUGCUGGAACAGACUCGAGGGGCCGAACGGCUCACUCUGUGCUCCUCGGGCUUGCAUCCCUGUGCGGUGAGCUACAACGCCAGAAUAUAAGGCCACAUUGGCGCAGCAGAUUCUACAAAACAUUCUCUUUCAACACGAUGUGCUGACGCCAACUUUGACCUGGUUAGACAAUGAAAGCUUAUUCACAGGAACUGAAAUUCCACCGUGAGGAAGCAGAGUUGGGAAAAUAAAAAGCAGAAGACCGGUAGCAUUCUCAACCUUGCAACCGAAAGCCCUGUGUGAGCUGGGUAGUUUGACUUCCGUUCUCGCUUCCUGGCGUCUUAAACUGGGAGCGAGUCCAAGCUGCCUAAUACGGUGUUUUUACGUGCUCAGGGACCAGUCCAACACACUGCAGUCGGUUACCUGCCUUCGCCGCCAACACAGCAGUUCGCCGCUGUGGGGAAGUGGCCAUGAAAUUGUGUUCUAUCGCUGCCUUGGCCCUAAUGAUUUUCGUCUUGACCACAGGAGUUCACUCAAGUAACGAAGUCGUAGUGCAGUCGCCUCUUUCAGCGGAUUUGUUAGAAGGCGAUACCGUGACCCUGGAGUGCAACAUUAGUAUCCCUGGACCCAAAAGUUACAAAUGGCUGAAAAAUGACCUUCCAAUACGUCAAGCCAUCCCAAUGUACGCCGAGAGAGUAACUGACACCCCAGUAACGUUUGAGAACCCAUUGGUGAUUAAUUUGCGGAUCAAGAACCUCACAGAAUGUGAUUCUGGGACAUAUUAUUGCGUCAUGGAGAAACUCGGCGACCAGUUUAAGGGCGUAGGGACGAAACUUGGAGUGAGGCGUGUUUCGCGAGAAAAGCAAUGCCCCUCCAAUAUCAUACAUAUCGCAGCGGCUGCAGCAGCGGUGUCAGUUCUUUGUAUCGCACUAAUUGUCGUGUCCGUACAACUCCGGCAACGAAGUAAAGCCUGCAUUGCUCUUCAGAGGCAGUUUGUUGCAUACAUCACUGAAAAGUCAGCAGAGUCUGUCCCACCAAAACAGAAAGGGAAGCACACUCGCCGAGAGGGAAAAGCUCCGAGCUCCGCUCAAGAGGGGAAGAAGAAGAAAAGGAAGCCCAAAGAGCACCACAGGGUGGAGAAUGCGGGCUACGUUCAUUUUGGGCGAAACCAGGGCAUGCAGACCUAACCGCAACGACAGAGUUAAUGUACCACCACGGCUCACGCAGACAUUAUUUAAGAUCCUCAGCCGCACCACAGUUACUUUCCUGAAGGCUAGAGAUAAUUUUCUUUCUCAGUGUUGUUUUAAUAUUUCUCCUGAUUAGUAUUGCGUCAAUAAUGAAUGGACAAAUCACAAUCUAUACCAAGAAUAGAAUCCCCCGACCCCCCGCCCCCCAAA